CUGAAAAUAGAUCCAGCUGGGUUUGGUCUGACCAUCAUCAUCCUCGCUUGCUCCUCUUUCCUCCAGUUUCCUCGGGAAAAUCGGACUGUAUCCGCCGCUACCUGAAGGAUUUACUAACACGUUCUCCUCUUAGCGCGAAUUAAACCGUCCAGUCCGCCGGAAAUAGCCUGAAAUCUUUAUUUCCGCUGUUUAUUUCUGCCUGUGAAGCCGAAGAGAGGAUGUCUGUCGCGGGGUUGAAAAAGCAGUUCCAUAAAGCCACCCAGAAAGUCAGCGAGAAAGUCGGAGGAGCAGAAGGAACCAAGCUGGACGAUGACUUCAAGGAAAUGGAAAAGAAGGUGGACAUCACCAGCAGAGCGGUGCUGGACAUCAUGACCAAAACCACAGAGUACCUGCAGCCCAACCCAGCAUCCAGAGCCAAGCUGAGUAUGAUCAACACCAUGUCGAAGAUCCGCGGCCAGGAGAAGGGGCCCGGCUACCCGCAGGCCGAGUCCAUCCUGGGAGACGCCAUGCUGAAGUUCGGGCGGGAUCUGGGAGAAGAGUCCUGCUUUGGCCUGGCGCUGAUCGACGCCGGCGAGGCCAUGAAGGAGCUCGGCGAGGUGAAGGACGCCCUGGACAUGGAGGUCAAGCAGAACUUCAUCGACCCGCUGCAGAACCUCCACGACAAAGACCUGAAGGAAAUCCAGCAUCAUCUGAAGAAAAUGGAGGGCCGGCGUCUGGACUUCGACUACAAGAAGAAACGCCAGGGGAAAGUCCAGGACGACGAGAUCAAGCAGGCGCUGGAGAAGUUCGACGAGAGCAAAGAGAUCGCCGAGCAGAGCAUGUUCAACCUGCUGGAGAGCGACAUAGAGCAGGUGAGCCAGCUGGCAGCGCUGGUCCAGGCCCAGUUGGAGUACCACAGCCGCUCCUCAGAAAUCCUCCAGCAGCUCUCCAGCAAGAUGGAGGACAGGAUAAAAGAGGUGUCCAGUAAACCCAGGAAGGAGUACACUCCCAAACCCAAGAUGACUCUGGAGCUCCUGCCCCCCAGCGAGAGCCACAACGGGGGGAUCCACUCGGCCAAAUCCCCGGGGAAAUCACCAGCGCCGAUGGACCAGCCCUGCUGUCGAGCGCUCUACGACUUUGAGCCAGAGAACGAGGGCGAGUUGGGCUUCAAGGAGGGCGACAUCAUCACUCUGACCAAUCAGAUUGACGAGAACUGGUACGAGGGCAUGAUCAACGGCCAGUCGGGCUUCUUCCCCAUCAACUACGUGGAUAUCCUGGUGCCGCUGCCCCACUAGUGUCCAGCCGGCCGCCCGGUCCUUCCCUCUUGACCAAUCCGGACACCCGUGAAACAGCCUGUAUUUGCAGAAACGACAAAUCACGCCCUCCUUCUACUUCUUCUUCUUCUUCUGUGCUUCUGUGCAAUUCUGCUUUCACUACAACGGACCGAAACGAGAGAGGCGCUGGACAACACAGGACUUUCAAAAAGAGACGAUGAGGAGGAGACUGUAGGGUAAGCGGCGCAGCGACGGAGGACUGAAAGAGACGAGAAGACGGAGAGAUGUUGGUCUGUUGAAGCAUGGUGCUUAGCCUGGCAGCAAUGGACACCAACGAGGCUUUGGAGACUUGCGAACAAGGCUCAGUGUAUUAUGUACGUGCAUGUCUGAAUGUGUGUUUCAACCUGUCCGUACUCCGUUAUGACGAAGCCAGCACAAAUUCCUGCUCAUCGGUUACCAACCUGACGGCUUUUCCUCAUCCCUUUGCUUUGACUUCUUCUGCUUUUCUACAAGUUUUCAUUUUUGUUCUCUCCGUCUUACUAGCACUGCCUUUUAGCAUGGCUCUGUAGCCUGUAGAGCUACAGCUGUUGUCAUUUCUGCCUUUCUGAGUCGGGGUAGAUUUUCAGUUCAGUGGUUGGAUGCAUGGACCAGCCACAUCAACGGUUUAGGAGAUUAGACCCAGUUUCAGGGUGAAUACCAGGUUUAAUCCCUUGUUUUGAGUUUAUCUGUCUUGAGUUUAUCUGUCUUGGAUGGAGACUUUAGCAGAGUUUUAGGAGACAGCAGCCAUGUUGGAUCGGUGAAAGAGAGGAAAACCUUGAGGUUGCCGUGUUCUACAGCGGCUAAAAUGAACUGGUAACCAUUUGUAGAAAGAUUUGCACUGAGCUAAAGAGAAGUUUUGUUUUCUGUCCUCUUAGAGUCACAUCUGUUGGUUUUAAAGAUGGAGCUGCUUGCGGAUUUGUCUAGUUCCCUGCCUUUGCAUGCGAGACUGACUCACAGAAACGUUUAACGUUCAGGACUUUGCAUUCAGUUCGGAUGUAGAUCACUGCCUCCCCAAAACGACACAUAACUGUUGAAGUAGGAAACAAAAUAGUUUACAGAAAGCUUGUCGCCUGCAGCAGUUACAGUUUUCAGUCAUUUCACCAACAACCGGUUUGCCAUCAGUCAGAUUUUAACGUAAAAUGAAUUUAUUAAAAUUUGUAGCUUCUUAGGGAGACAAAAAGGCCAUUUCUGAUCAUCUUUAUCAUAUAAAAAAUGCCACUUGAAGGAGUCAGACUUUGAUUUCUGCAUUAAUGAGAUUUAUUUGAACAAGUGAACUCUAAAAACUGUCAAUGACCAAUUCUGGCCUAAAACAUGAACUUGACAAAAACACAAUUUCUUCACUAAUACAUAAUUAAAUCUUAUUUUUAUAUAUAGUUUGAUACACUGACCAGUUCCUUUACUAUAGCAACUAUUACCAGUUUUUUAUUUCCUAACGUUAUUUGGGUUAAACUUUACAGUUAUAACUAUUUGCAAGAUGUUGCAUCACCAAAUUCUGUUUUAAUGCAACAACCGAACUUAUUAUGUUUUCACAUUGUAGCAUAUUUAAUUUCCCUUUGGGAUCAAUAAAUUAUUCUUUAACUGACCUGAACAUUAUUCAUGCAGGUCUUCAGUGGUACAGAACUUCAGAAGGUUAUUUUUGAGUCCACAUAAACAUUAAAACUCCCUCCAGGUUUCCAGCUGGAUGGGGAAAAUCCUAGAACCUCAAUGGUGCUCCGAGAAUUUUGUUCUGGUUCUAGAAUUUUCAACAGAAAAGAUAAAAAAUAUAGUUUGGGUUUGUUCAUAAAACCAGUUUCAUUGUUGGUGGUAAAUAUCGUCCAUUCUUGUUCUAGAUGAUGUAUAAUUAGACAGGACAGUGGGACUGGAACCACAGCUGCUCGUUUUAGUUCCUGCAGCAGUGGCGCUCUUUUUAAUUGGGUUUAAAGGUGUUUGUUACAACCUCAUGAAAGAGAUUAAGUUGGUAACUGUUGUAUAUGGCUCUUCAAUAAUGCAGUAGUUUAUCAAGCACUUAAGCUAUACUGGUAGUAAUAAAAAAUACAUCAAUAAAAAAAACCUUUAGUUCACGUAAAUAUUUUAGUGAAACAUCUGAAAUGUUCGGUUUCUGACUUUAUGCUAGCUACAUGUUUUUAAACAUCUAGAGGUUUAAGAUUAGUAUGUGUUCCAGAAGCCAGUUGAAAUUCACAUACUGAUGAGGCAUAGCUGUUUCAAUGUUUUGAUUUUGCAAAACUGAAAAGGCAUUUUUACAUUUCUAGGAGUUUUGCUAGCAAAAAAUAUAAGCGGAGUGCUAAAUGUUGUACUUGUGGCUUCCUCUUGUACCGUAGUGCUCUUUAUAAAUGGCUCCAAAUUUACAUUAAAACGUUUUUUAAUUCCAAUAUUAAGCAUUAAUUCUAAAUUAAAACUCUGCUCUCCUGGUAAUAAUUGCAUUUAACAAACGAUAUCAGCAGGAAUCUGUGCUAGCAAAGCUAAUGCUAACUGGGUAAAGAGUGGCUAAUCACACACAACCGUUAGCAUCGUAUAUAUUUGUGCUUUAAUGAAUCAGUGUUGAGCAGAGAACUCAUCAGUAUUCGCUGGCUAGAUACUGAAUACCUCAUUCAGCAAAGUAAACUAAGUCUUUUGGAUUAGAUUGUCAGAAGGACAUGCUUCAUUUAUAAGCACUGCUCGCUUUUGUCACGUCUUACUAGUGAAAUUAUUUUAAAUAGGUAAUCUAACGUCUGUGGUAACAUUUUAAAGUACAUGGACUUAUUUCCAUUAGUAAGGAUUUCGAUACAAGUAAAAGAUCAUACUGUCGAUGACUUUUGUAUUGACUUUUGUAUUGAGUUUUAAAACAGACAAGUGAGUAUCCUUCAUAUACUAUCCAUCUAAAUUCAGUUGAAAAAUAUCGCAAGUAUUAUUUCUCUCUAAAUUUCCAGCUGUUUUAAUAAUUACAACACAGACUACAGAUUUUUGUCUUCGUUGUUCUUCAGCUUUGUGGUUAAUUGACAGAAGCAACUAUACCUCAUUAAUGCUUUAUCAAAUGACAUUAAGCCAGUGAUGAAAGGAUUUAACAUGUCAUACACUAUUUUGGCUGGAGAAUAGUGAACUUUGAAGCUGUAGAAACAUAAAAUAGAGUAUUUUAGACAUGAAUGAUAAUAUUAUAAAACUGUAGUGUCAAGCUAACCACAGCGAUCUACUGUCAAACAAUAAACACCAUGGCAAUAAAUUAUGAUGCAACAAUAAAAUGUAACAUUUCAAUAAGAACUCUAUCUAUCUAUCUAUCUAUCUAUCUAUCUAUCUAUCUAUCUAUCUAUCUAUCUAUCUAUCUAUCUAUCUAUCUAUCUAUCUAUCGAUUGGCUAGCUAGCGUGCUAGCUCACUAGCAAUCUCUAGUUAAGUCUAUCUGUUAGCUAGCUAGCUUGCAUGUUAGCUAGCGGUCCCUAGCUAACAGUCUAUCUAUUGGCUAGUUAGCUUGCGUGCUAGCUAGUUAUCUCUAGCUCUAACAGUCUAUCUGUUGGCUAGCUAACUUGCAUGCUAGCUAGCGAUCUCUAGCUGACAUUCCAAUGUGCGACACCAAAAUGAACUUUCUCUGCCACAUUCUAGCUAAUCCUUAACUGUUGCAGGUUGUUGUAGAAGAUGGAGGUUUGGAGCACAAUGUAUGUUCAGUGUUUUUCUUUUUUAUUUUAUAUUAUUUAUUUUUUUAGCUUUUUUUCAUUGUGUGAACUUCUGUGUUUACAAAUCUGAUUUUCAGAUUCUGUCUGUGGAAAGUUUGUGAGUUGCAUGCAACCGAAGCGCUUAAUGUGUGCUGUCAAGGAUGGCUGUCCAAACACAAAAUUAGUAAAAAUACAAAUAGUGAGACGUCUGUCUCACCAGCUUUCUUUGUGAGCAAUUAGCCUAUUUUGGAAAUUGCUAUAUAAUUGCUCUGUGGGUUGUUAUUUUACAGCUUUUAGCCCACUUAGGUCUAAGCAUUCCUAUUUAAACUACAAAGUGCUUUAUGACAUUUUUAUUUUCUGUUAAAUGUCUUAAUUUAAUUCGGCCCUGCUUUUGUCUGUUUCUGUUUUUCGUCCUUGCCGAUUUGCCCUCUAUGGCGACAUGUAUUCUAACCUCAAUGAGGGACUUGUUGUACAGUGUUAUUCUCCAUGUUCGCUAUUCACAUAAGUGAGUGUCAGACCUCGGCGACUUUACUUGCCUCUGCUUAGUUUUCAGCGUAGUGUGGACUGAAGGAUAAAACGUAGCACUUAAACCAAACCUGGUUUCAUCUCAGCCUUUCAUCGGUUGGAAGCUAGCAAAAACACUCAUCUGGGAUGAUCUUCAAACUAUUUAAGAAAGGAAAAAAGCUGAGCAUUGAUAUUAAAAUGCAAUGCUUUUUCAGUUUGAGUUUAAAUUGAGACUUGGUCAUCUGCUUUCUUCUGUUAGUUUUUGUGGGGGCAUCAAAAGACUUUAUCCAAUGGAGUUGCCCUUUUUCUGCUUCGAUGGCACCAAAAAAGCCAUUUUUCUCCUGUAAUUUACUUGCAUCAUCAUGACGAAAAUUAGUGCAGCGUUCCAUUUACUUCAAAGACAGGAACUGUGAGCCCCGAAAGAGCCAAAGAAGAAAAAGAAAAAUGUGCUUUAGCAAGAUCCUGACUUGUUAGUGCAAGAUCCCAGAAAGGUUUUGCAAACCCCUCUGAGUUUCCUUGUGACAACAGACAAAGAUUUGCAAGAUCAAGAGGAGUGAUGAAAUCCCACAAAAGUUUCAUUAGAUCAAGCAAAACUUGAGAAGGAUUAAUGCAAUUAGUGUUUAGUAGUGGACAGCUGUGUUGGCCUAGUCACUGCCCGAGUGUUGUUGCAGUUUGUCUACAUUGACAAAUGCUUAAAUGAAACUCAAACUUAUGAUUUCUUUGUCUUGUCUCAGGCCUAGACCACAUGUAGGUCAAUAUCUGGUCAAACAAAUACAUUUUGAUGUGUUUUUGCCUUUUUUCCAAACAAAAACUGUUUAAUAUCACUUAAAUGAUUAUAAAACUCAGGCCCAAGUGGAGAUUUGGGAGAACUCUGUAUUUGUCUUUGCAACAAAUAAUACACCAAUUUAUCCACAAACCUCAUUUUACACAAUUCCCAAUCGACAUCGUCUUAUUUUAAUAACUUUAUAUUCUAAUACACUAUUUAAACGUAGUUCAACCCAUAAGUCUGUCCACACAAAUGAACCUCCUGGCGCCGUGUUUAAUUCCUAACAGGAAGUUGGGAUUGUUUUGAGACGAUCUGAUCAGCUGACAGGUUUUAGCUUAGCGUUACACUGCCCCCUAUGGGUUUGGCAUGCUUAAUACAACGCUCUGGGCAGAUUUGUUUGGGUUCAACUGGUUGAAAACAUAUAUGAAACUGAUCCUGUGUGUACGAUAUUGUUUUUUGAAACAAUGGAGAGUCUUUCCCUUAUCUGCCUCUUGAACCCUCAUCUUUUUCAGGAACCCGCCAAACUUUUAUGGGAUCUUCCAAAAAAAAAGAAAAAAACAAGUCAGGAUCUCUGAACAUGUAUGGAAUCUCUGAGAACCUUUGAGAAAUCUUGCGACCCUUUUUUGGGAUCUUAUGAAACAAAAAUGUCAGAAUCUUCCAAAACCCAUUUGGGAUUUCACAAAAAUGGCAAAAUAUUGGAAAAUCUUACAGAUGUUGUAAAAAUUACUUGGAAUUUUGUAAAAGUAUGUUGUAAAGUACUUUUGGGGCUCAGUCUGAGAAUAACAUCUGUCCCAGUUUAACUGGUUUCCAGUAAAACUCAGUCUCUAAUCGUUGUCUUCAGUGAGCAGACUGAACGCUAGCAAUGCCAACCAACAGCAACAGGCUCUCUACAUUUAUCUAUGACUGUUUUGAAAAUAAAUACAGUUUUAUGUGUGUGUUUUAGCAAAUUUUCAACAGUCAUAAAUGCAGUUGGACAGUUCAAUCUGUCACCACAUGUCAUGCGUGUGGCGGCCAUAUUGGAUCUAAACUGAUGUUGCUCAACCUGUGAACCUGCCCUGCUUUCUGGAAAUGUUUGCACUAUGAUUUCUGAGGCAUAAUAAUUUGGCCUUGGUCUGACCUGUGGCUGUGUUACAUAAUGAAGCUGUACGCCUUGUGGCUGUAUUAAAAAUGAGAUAU